AUGGAGACCGGCGAGACCGGCCCACCCCCACCAUCGGCGUCCGCGGCGACGAGCGUCCCGAUUGGGACAAAGGAGACGCAAGUCCCUAUCGCCGCCGCGACCUACGCCACCGCCGCGAUUCAAAAGACCAAGCAGACUCCCGAGCAGCAGACCCAACAACAACACCGUGCCAAGGCUUUGACCCAAAUGUUCGAAGUCAUGGGUGCUGUACCGGGCAAUCGCACCGACCGGUGGUUGCAAGCCACCUUCGCCACCGACGAGUACCCUGUCGCUACCGCUACAUCGCUCAAGUAUUCGGCUCUCAACGCCAAUCGAUCCAUUCGAAACAUCUUCGACUUUGCUCUCGACGUCACUUUGACCGUCCAAGGCGCCUCGAAGGCCUCUCCCGCGGACAAGGCCGAUCUGCUCGGUUGCGUCACGAGACUGCUCUCCCCGCAAUCGCCCCUGUGCUUCGACGCCGAGGUCACCCUUCCCGAGCACCUUGCGGCGUUUGCGCCCCAGAUUAGGGGUAUCCAACACUCGUCUUUCGUCAGGGCCGGUGUGGUCAACCACCGUAUCUCCGUGGGAUUCGUUUCGGCGAAGGCACGUGACUCGGCGCUUACGGCCCCACUGGCGCUUACUUGGCACUCUGCAAAGGCUCACUUCGCAAAGGCCCACCACUUCUACCACAACAUGGUCGAGCUGCGUAUCAACGUCGGUGUCGCAGCGGUCCCAUCCAGGGAUGCCAUUGUUGACUCUUUUAAAUCAAUUGUCACCAAAAUCACAGCCAAGGGACACCGUUGCGAGCUGGUACAAGUCUUGCGCGUGAUCCACGUCGAUAACGACUCGGCCUAUGCGCACUUGGCCGGCGAGUUUUCGGCCUUUAUCCGCUUCGACGACGACGCCCUUUUCAAAGCCCCUAACAACACGCUGAAGGAGCUCCUACCGUCGAAGGUCUCUCUAGCCACUAGAGGCAACAUGCAUACGGCGGUUCGUCACGACUACGAACGAGAAGCGGCCUGUGCUCGGUGCCACUUUGUGGGGCAUGUGGAGACCUGCGCGCUGGAACAGGAGAGGAGGCAGAAGGAAGCGAACAACAACACCGGAAGGCACAACAAGUACCACAACAACCCAACCAACACCAACAACAACAACAACGACACCACCAACACCAACAACACCGACAACGACGCUUCCGAGGUUGUGGCCCCUAGCCGCGCCCUCGGAACCGACCAACUCGAAUCGCGGAACCGAUUUGCGGGGCUCGAGGUCGAAGGAGGACAGGAGGAUGACGUCGAGGAGGAGGAUGCAGGAAAGGAGGGCGAGGAAAAGGAGCAGGUCGAAGAAGGAGAAGAGGAUACGGGCGCCAAGGCGGACGACGAGGAUUCGGACUCGGAUGGGAACGCCGGAGCGGGCAUCGACAAGGCGGGAGGCGACGACAAGGACGACGACAAGGACGACGACGAGGACGAACAGGACGACAGCUCGGAGGGAAGCGAACAAAGGGAGGACGAAGGAAACGAUGGGGAUGACGUGAUGAAAGAUGGAGCAGAGGAGGAGGACGAAGGGACGGAGACGGAGGUGGAAGAAGAGGUCGAGCAGGAACAGGGGGUACAGGACGACAGCAUCAUGAUCAUCGACGACGACCAAACGACGAUCACCACGGUUUCCCGCGAGUCGACUCCUCGGAGUCCCUCGUGGCCUCCACUAUCUCCUGAGACGUUGGCAAAGUCGCUGCGCGAGGGUGCGGAGUGGGACCGAGCUAACGCCGAAGCUGCUGCACGUGUCCAAGCAGAAAAGGAGGCGAUCAUCAACGCCCAACUCGACGCGGAGGAACCGCUCGUUCGCCACCAAUUUGCAGAGUGGGGUCAGGAAGAUGGACAACUGCGAUUCAUCAACAUUCGUGGCACCGGCUCCGGGUCGAACAAGAAGAUGAAGAGGUCGCAAACGGUGGCCGAUCUCAGCGAUCCGAGCGACGACCCGGUCGAUAUCAAGCGCGUUCUGAACAGGGUCAAAGGUCGAGCAGGAAAGGAGGUAGCGGGUCAGGGGAAGAGGGUGACGAGGUCGAUGUCGGCGGCGGCGGCGAUGCAGGUCGAGGGGGCCAAGGCGAAAGCGGAGAAGGGUAAAGGGGUGGAGGAGGAGAAGCGCUGGUCCGACCACGAGCCCGAGGAUGACAUUCUCCCCGAAUUCCCACUCUUUGAGGACGACACUACCGCCAAGAGCACGUCUACAUCGUCUAUCCAAUAAUGAUCAAGCACACCAUCACCAGCUGGAACGUGAGGAGGUGCAUGGGGAUCCCGGAAAAGCGACGCAACAUUUACACCUAUUUAUCAACAUUCAAAGCAUCUGCCAUUCUACUACAAGAACACUUCAUCAAACCGGAACUCUGGCAAUGUAUCAAGGACGAGUACGAGGGCAAGGUCUUCAUCAGCAAACACUGUCUGACUCUGAUCCCCGCCGACUCGCCCCUGAUCGACGCCGAGAUUUUGCGCACCCACUCGGCACUCGACGGACGAAUCCUGGUCACCUCCUUUCGACUUCGAGGCGACAUCCGGAUACUCGAGAUCAACAACAUUUACGCACCAGUCGAUACAAAACAACGACUCACAUUCUUUGACAAACUACAUUUCCACAGGACGCAGAGCACCCACCUUCGACUCCUCGGCGGCGAUCUCAACGACUGCCCGCUGCCGGCGAUCGAUCGGCGGAACCAAGGUCGGCACGGCCAUCACUGGCCGAUCCUGAUCGGCAAGCUCGACUCGCCCUACACCGACUGCAUACGAUUCAAACACCCGCUCACACCAUCUUUCACUCGACCCAACAUCGUCCGCAAGCGACCAAAGUCCUUUUCACGACUUGACUACUUCCUUCUGCAGCGCACCCACCAAAAGCGACUCGUCCAAGCCUCGACGAUCUACGACCACCCCAAGGACCUUUCGGAUCACCGACCGGUCUCGAUCGUCCUAGUUCUCUCGGAUGAGCGAGGAGACGCGGCUCAACCCAACAAUAGUUUACCAACGACAUAA